AUCAGGAAACAGAUCCUGAUUUUACCCCUCAUGCUACGAUCUUUAUUACUCGUACAGCGGAUAACGUACUUUCUCCCUACACUUUCAUUUGCACCCUGGAGAGAAGGAGUUCUGGAAACUGCACCACUUUGUCAUUAUUGGUGUACUAAACGCAAUGGAGCCCGCCUUUGGGGAGGUGAAUCAGCUAGGAGGUGUUUUUGUCAAUGGCAGACCCCUACCCAAUGCCAUCCGGUUGAGGAUUGUUGAACUUGCACAGUUGGGCAUCAGACCUUGUGACAUCAGUAGACAACUGCGGGUUUCCCAUGGUUGUGUGAGCAAGAUUCUGGCCCGCUACAACGAAACUGGUUCCAUCUUACCUGGAGCCAUCGGAGGCAGUAAGCCCAGGGUGACGACCCCGACCGUGGUCAAACAUAUCCGGACAUACAAGCAAAGGGACCCCGGUAUCUUCGCUUGGGAGAUCCGGGACCGACUUUUGGCUGACGGUGUGUGCGAUAAAUUCAACCUCCCCUCAGUAAGCUCCAUCAGUCGGAUCCUUCGCAACAAGAUCGGGAAUCUGUCCCAGCAGAAUAAUUACGAAUCAAACAAGGCGGUGCACCACCCUCCACCUCAACCUAGUCACCCGUACAAUCAUAUCUACUCAUACCCAAGUCCCAUCGCUGCAGCUGGUGCUAAAGUGCCAACUCCCCCCGGGGUACCAGCCAUUCCAGGACACAUGGCUAUGCACAGGAUUUGGCCUUCAUCACAUUCUGUUACCGAUAUUCUGGGCAUCAGAUCAAUAACAGAGCAACAAAUUAGUGACAGUUCUUCCUAUCCCAGCGCCAAAGUAGAAGACUGGAGCACACUUAACAGAAGUAAUUUUCAUCCUUCAACCUCACCUGUAGUCAAUGGCAUGGAUAAAGCCCAGUUAGAACAAGAAGCCAAACAUGCACAGACGCUGAAUGGAUUGCCCACAGUGAACAGCUUUGUCUCGGCACCCAGCAUGGCGCCCUACCACCCACCAACCCAAGUGUCACCCUACAUGGCGUACAGCGCCACCACGUCGGGCUAUGUGACAGGUCACACAUGGCAGCACCCCAGUGGCAGUGCUCUCUCUCCCCACAGCUGUGACAUCCCAGCAUCACUGCGCUUCAAAAGCAUGCUGACAGCCAGAGAAGGUAGCCACCCUGUCACUGCCUCAGUUCUCUAACACACAUUCCCCACUCAAAACAACUUUGGGGGGCCCAUACUUGGCACAACGAGGUGUCCACUGUUUUUGCCUUCUCUGAUUCAAUGAUUCUAACACCCUAUGAGGACCUUCAGAAAGCUUUUUAAAUAAGCCCUGUUUUGAGCGCAACCGAGGUUUUGCCCAGUCCAAUUCCCAAGCCAAGUGACCUACAAACCAGAGCAGCACUAUAUAGUGAGUUUACCUGUGAAUUCCAGGUUUGAGCACUGGACUUGUAUGUAAAUUUACGAAAGCACACGUUAUACCCAGAAAAUAGUAUAAAGAACAUAUUUGAUGUCUCAUUAGAAAGUAAUAUUGGUGGUACUAUCAAAGUGUUUAUGUGAAGGUGACCUGAUAGAUUGUACUGUGUGGAAUACCGGUGCACAAAAACUGAAUAUCUUGUUCUUAGCCCUUGUGCACUUAAACAAUAAUGUAACUUUCCUUCCAUAAAUCAGUUUAGUUAUAUCAUAUUUUUGCACACCUGGUACUGAUGGGUUUAAAGUUCAAAUUUGAUUUCAAGGUUACCAAAACAAACAAACAAACAAACAAACAAACAACAUGUAGGGGACCUUAUUUUGCUUCUGAAUUCAGUUUCCUCAAAGGGUUACAGGUACUUGGUCCAUUUUGGAUUUUUGUUUUCACAAGGUCACACUUAUUUAUUAUGGAAUACAAUAAACAUUGAAAAAUAAGUGCAAUUAUGGUUGAGCGACACCAAGCAAAGGUUUUAUAUCCAGUAUAUUAGUUAGUCGCCUAUCUGCAAACUUUGCAUGCCACCAUCAGACUAUUUAUUAAAGAACAGUGAUAUCAAGAUUGUUUUAAUCUGAUCGUGCUGUUGCUUUCUAAAAUCCACCUUUCUGAGUAUUUUACAGUGACAGCCCAAACACAAAGUAUAUUACAUGUAAAUGAAGAUUUACAGUACAUUUUGAAUGCAACAAGGAAUUGGUAAAAUACUACAGGUUUUUUCUAUGCAGUACACUGUAUUUAAAACCUUUGUUUGUAUGCAAGAAUAACAUUACCUUGCACUGAAAAUACAAGAUACAAAGAUUGCAUGAAAGCUAAAAGUGACAUGGUCUAUUUAUGUGUAAAUACCAUAAUGUAAUUGUGAAGACUGUUUAGCAGAAAGACUGUGACGGUCGUUUUUGAAUUCUAAGUUGUACUUGACUGAGGUUAAACGAUAAUGUAUCUUAUGUUGUUUGUAAAUACAAAGGACCAAAUUUAUUUUCUUAAACUGCCGUUAAGUCUCUGCUUCGCUUUCCCCGACUCCCUUUCUACAGCUUUACUCCUCCCUGUCUUGCAAAGGUGGCGGGCGGCCCAAACACUUUGACAGACAAACCUGCUCUCCUCUCAAACAAAAGCUGAACCACUGACACCCCAGGGGCACAAAAGGAAAUUAAUCAGCAAUUAAUAGAACUAUUAGAGGUUCCAUAAUUCAAUGCUUUUGUUUGAAGCCUCUAAUUAGGGGUUCCCAAUAUGAAGUAUCACAUUGUGGAAGUCUCAGUUUUUCUUUUAGAAAUUCAUAUCAAUCCAGUAAAUACAUUCUUUUUUGAAUGCUGCUUCACAAAGAAAUAUGGCCCUGAAAUCAUUUUUUUGAAUGAUUAAUUUUCUUUCAUUUAGAAAAAAGUAUAAUUCUCUAAAAUAUUGCAUACUUUAGAGAAUGCAACCAAGACAAAUGACUGGAAAAUACCUGAACAUCAAAUGGAUAAUGGCAUUUUACAUACCUAUUUAAUUAAUUAUCCAUACAUUACCUUAAUGUGAACUAAAUGUGGACCAAAAGCAGACUUUUGCCAACACCACUGUGAAACUGAGCUGCCUGAUCCUUUCUGGCCAACAUUUCCUGAACAUAUUUAAGCAGAAAUACUAAUUUCCAGCUUUUCCUUUAAUAUAUAGCUUUUAAAUGAAUGUAAAGGCAGCUCGCUGUAAAGUUUACAUUGAUGUAAAUAUUUAUUUGUGUGUAUGUAUACUGGUGGUGGUGCUGAGUACUGAGUUAUUUAAAUGUAAUUAGUUAUUAUUUUUAAUAUAGUUUCUGCGUUUUUUUCAUUUGUAGUUUAUAAAUCCACACAAAAGGUGCAUUUACACAGGUCUGACUGUAUAUUUAGAGACACAAACAUGCUUAAAUUGGGCAAAAGAAAUUGUACUCAAGUUCUAUUAAAAGUUAUUUAAGUCCGAUUUGUUAUUCAUGAAACCUUUCUAGGGUGAUUAUAAAGAGGGUUUAAAAUGUAUUCUCUCUCUGUAAAAACAUUUGCAGUCUUGUAUAGAAUUGGUUUCAAAAUAUUUCUGAGUGCCCAAACAGAUUCUGGACACCGGAUUUCAACUAAGAGUAAAUAAUAAUGAUAAUAAUAAUAAUAAUAAUAAUAAUAAUAAUAAUGAUAAUAAUAAUAAUAAUAAUAAUAAUAAUAAUAAUAAUAAUAAUAAUAAUAAUCUCUUCAGCACUCUGCAUUAAACAGUGUGCUUUUAGAUCUCCUUUGUAUGUAAUUAACUCACAGCAAGAGACCCAGAAAGUCUAUCCAGAUGCUGAAGGUAUAACUAAAGUGGACAAGGUAAUGCCUUUUCAGCCAUGGGUAUUUUCAACGCUUUUAAUUUAAUUGUAUCACACCACAUCCAAUUCAAUCUAUAGAAAAUGUAAUGUCUCUGAAAUUCUUCUAGUUUAGAAGUGAAGAUGUUAGGUUUAUUUUUUUUCAUGAUGAACAGAUUACAGAAUUUGAGUCCAUAUCCACCACCUUCAAAAUCCCUGGUACAAAAUCAACUAGCAUUUUGCAAAAUUUUGCAAAUCUUUUGCCAUGUACAGUAAAUGCACCUUUUGACAUUUCACACUAUAGAAUGAAAAGAAUGACCCUUUGAGAACUACACAUAACACAAAGAUAUCUUUAUAAAAUAUCUCAUGAAAAAAUAGCAUGGUACUGCUGACAUUCCUGUAGAACAUAUGGAAUAAAGAUUUUCCAUGAGGUUAAAACAUACCUUUUUUCAAAGGUUUCUAAAUGAGAAACACCAGGUGAGCUUGCAUUUGAAAGGAUGUCAAUGGACAAUCAAGCCAAUAUGGAAACUAACAUUGUAACAGAAUUAUAGACCAUAGAGUUGUGAAGCAAAAAGACACUGCCGUCGUCAUCAUCAUCACUACUUCCAAUUCUACUUUCCAAUCUGGAUUAUUGUAUGCGUUGGUUGUCUAGCUAUUUUAUCCUCAGCAUUAUUUAUCGUCAGUUCAUGCAUUGUGUACAGUAGUUAUUUCAUUUUUUAUUUGUACAAAAUCUCAACAACGUCAAAUAUAUAUUUUUGACCAAACACAUAUUAGUAAAAAGGCAAAUAAUAAUAAUAAUUGUCAUUAUUAUGAAAUGUACACCAUUUCAAGAUCAGUAGUGCUGCAAUGGCUGUAGACUGAGAUAAUAUGAACAGUCUGGAAUAUAUGUAAUUUAAGGAAAGGCACAGCUAAGAUUCAGUUUUGGUCACCACUUUUCACAGUAACUAGACUAGCAAGUUAAUUUUCAUUAACUAGAGUACAGCAAUUCCUUUCUGUUAGCAAUCGUCUGGGCAAACGCCAGCAAAAAAUUUCUAUAAAGGUAUCUGUCUCCAGUUUUGAGUUUUCUGUAUAGUAUAUAAUCCAGUUCAACAGGCCAUGCUAUGACCUUUUUGUGUCAAAACAUAUAUACUACAUUCACAACUGCUGGUUAGAAACUAAAGACUUGUUGCCAGCAGUUCUGGUUUUCAAUCCUAGCUGCUUGAACACUAUGUUCCUCCCAUACAAGGAACACCCCAGUAAGGUGUAGUCUCAACUUCUUAAUUAUGAGAAUUGAAUGUCAUUCUUUUUUUAUUUAACAUUUCUAUUCACUUAAAUAUUACAAAGUGUUCUCAGAAAGUGACAGGCUAGGGUGCCAUAGACCAGGAAGCCCAUGCAGUGAUGUCACUGCCGGUGCACAUUAUUGAAGGGAUUUUUGCAACUGGUUUGCCUACUCCUAGUCCUAACAAGAGAGAGUGCAGUCAAAUAUCAAGUCAUUUCAUGCUAUGCAUGUGAGUUUAAAGUAAACAACUAAGAAAUUUUUAUUUGAGUGCUUUGCUGAACCUACAAUUGACCAUAAUACAGUAUAUUACUAAGGUAUUGCAACAAAAAAAUGAGUAAAUCACUGUUGUAUUUUGGGUCAGAAAUAGAACAAAAUAAUUGGUAAAGAAAAGUGGGGGUCAAACUGUCAGAGCCAUAGAAAUGUUAUUGCUUAGUUCUCAAAGGGUUCAUACUUGAAUUUUAUUAGAAAAAUAUUCAAAAUCCAGAGUUUUUGUGAAAGAGGAUUCUUGCUUUUAUGGUAAUCCUAAACUUUUCUUUGUAUAAGCCAGAGUGUCUAAUUCAAAGCUGAAAUCAUGUUUCUAUUGGAUGUACAUCAUAAGGCUGUAUCUGUAUAUAUGUAUAAAGCCUUUUUUAUUUUUAUAUCUCAAAUGCUCUAAAUUAAAAACAAUGGAAGAGUUA